AAUUACCGAUUACCUAAUUGUCAAAAUAGUCACAUGUGAUCGAACAGCGCGUUUUGUUUUUUGUGCUGAAAUUUAUAUUUAAUCGAAGGAUAUAUUUACUUUUAAGCAAUGGUGCGACAUAAUAAUCAGCUGCCGGACAAUCUCCCUCAACUACAAAACAUGAUCAAGCGAGAUCCAGAUUCGUAUCGGGAAGAAUUCCUUCAACAAUAUCACCACUUUCAAAGCGUGCUGGAAAUUUUUCGCCUAGAACCAGAUAAGGAGAGCAAAAGCUUGUGCGAAUCGAUCAUGUUUCUUGCUCAGGUAGCUCAAUGUUACGUAGAGGAAUUAACGACGUUUCCUCAGACAAUCGUAGAUAUAUUGAAAACGCACUCAACAACGCUGAAUUCGGAGAUGAGAAACACCUUCUGCCGAGCUCUGAUUUUGCUGCGUAACAAAAAUUUGAUUUCCCCAUUGGAUUUGCUUGAAUUGUUUUUCCAACUGCUUCGGUGCCCAGACAAAGCUCUCCGAACCUUUCUCGAGAACCACAUUAUAACUGAUAUUAAAAAUAUGAACGCCAAACAUAAGGACAUGAAACUGAAUUCGACGUUACAGAAUUUUAUGUACACGAUGUUGAAGGAUGCCAAUCCAAAAGCCGCCAAAAUGUCGAUCGAUAUAAUGGUUGAGCUGUACAAGAAGCAUAUCUGGAAUGACGCGAAAACAGUUAAUGUAAUUGCAACGGUUGGUUGUUUCUCUAAAGUGACCAAAGUGAUGGUAGCGUCUUUGAAAUUUUUCCUAGGAACCGACGAGCAAGAUGUGAAAGGUUCCGACGAAGAUAGCGACAAAGAAGUUAAUUUAAAGGGUAUCAUGAUGACAAAUCGAAUCAAUAAGAAGACCAAAAAACGUAAAAAGCAACUGGAAGCCGCGAAGAAGUUAUACAAUCAGGCACAAAAAAAGAAAACCAAGGCCGAGUCAUUCAACUUCUCAGCCAUCCACUUGAUUCAUAAUCCCCAAGGUAUGGCUGAAAAUUUGUUUAAGCAGUUGCAAAAUGGAAACGAGCGUUUUGAAGUCAAACUAAUGCAUCUGGAUGUAAUAUCUCGACUGAUCGGAAUACAUGAGCUAUUCCUGUUCAGUUUUUACCCAUACAUUACACGAUUUAUCCAGCCGCAUCAAAGGCAGGUCACACGAAUUUUACAAUUUGCUGCGCAAUCUUCUCACGAACUGGUUCCACCGGAACUGAUAGAAUCUGUGAUUAAAACCUUGGUUAACAACUUUGUAUCUGAGCGCAACUCGAGUGAUGUUAUGGCAAUUGGUUUAAACGCCGUCCGUGAGAUUUGCGUACGUUGUCCACUUGCGAUGAACGAGGAUUUGCUUCGUGAUCUUACAAUGUACAAAAAUUACAAAGAGAAAUCGGUUAUGAUGGCAGCAAAAUCGUUGAUUUUGUUGUACCGCGAACAGAUUCCAAUGUUGCUGGCAAAAAAAGAUCGAGGUCGUCCUACGGAAGCGAGUGCUGAAAUAAAACCAAAACAAUACGGUGAAAUUAAUACUUUGGAUCAUAUUCCUGGUACGGAGGCAUUACUGACAGCCGCACCUGACCUAGAAGUAGGGGAGGCCUCAGAGAUGUCAUCGGAAUCUGAUGACGGAUGGGUAGAUGUCGAAAGUGAUGAUGAAAUCAUGAAUGAAAAAAGGAAAGAAAUCACGGUGGUUAAACCUAAGGAAACGAAGAGUUCAGAUGUCGAAGAUCAGUCGGAUGAUGAAGAUGAAUGGGAGACAGAUUCUGAAGCUGAGUGUGGAGAAAGUGACGGUGAAGACUCGAACCAUGAAGAAAAAUCGAAAGAUAAAAAAUCGGUAAACGUCAUACAAACAAAUAAGAAGAAAAAUGAAAAAUCAACGACUCAAAAAUGUUCAUCGGAAACUGACUUAACAACGCUUAACUCCAAGGAAGCAAUUCAAGAAUUGGCCCUAACCAAACUAUUUACUGAUGCCGAUUUUGCUCGAAUCGAACAGGAACAAGUGAAGAAAAAGAUGACUCACAACAAUAGGAAACGACAGCUGGAGAAAGAAAAAAGCGAAUUCGUCAAAUUAGAUGAUAUCGAGAUGAUCUACAAGAAACGAAAGACGGACAAGGAGGCACGUAUUGAGAGCAUGCAAAAAGGUCGCGAGGGACGAGAAAAAUUCGGCUACAAGGAUAACCGCCAUGAUCCGUUUUGCUCUAAAACAAACCGGGAGAAACGCAAGGGUAAAAACUUCAAUAUGAUUCGGCAUAAGGCCCGCGGUAAGGUAAAGAAGUCGUUCCGCGAAAAACAGUUGGCCCUGAAGAAGCAUCUGAUGCACAUGAAAAAGAUGAAGUGAUGUGAGUAACUUGUAAGUUCCCUGUAGUGUAAGAAAAGUUGAAUACAUUGUUCAAUAUGGCGUUUGUAAUUAUAUACUUCGUUUUGUAAUUGCCUAAAGAAGUUUCCGAGUAAGGUAAUUAAACUAAAUAAAAAUUAUUGCUGAAAAAUUAAAAAAA